AUGCCAGACAUCAAAUACACUGCCGAGGACGACGCUAUCAUUGACCAGUGGGUGCGUGAGAACGUCGCCUCUACUUGGCAUUCCCUGGGAACCUGCAAAAUGUUGCCUCUAGAGUGGAAAGGCGUGGUUGCCGCGAACAUGAACGUCCACGGUGUCACUGGGGUCAAGGUUGCUGAUCUUAGCAUCUGCCCUGCAAACCUUGCUGCACAUACCAGCCACACGGCCAUGAUCAUCGGUGAGAAGGCUGCAGAUAUUCUGAUUAAGGAGUUGGGUUUGGUCCUCUGA